AUGAAUAGGUAUGCUACAUCAAAAAUACGUAAAGUGACACCACUUCCACAACAUUCUGCAUGGUGGGACUGGAGAAAUGUUACCAUGGAAGAAAUGAAAUGCUUUCAUGGUGUGCUACUGAAUAUGGCAUUACAAAAGUGUAAGAACUUGGAGGACUUGUUUUCAAGAGAAUGGUUACAAUCAUCCAACUUCUUCCGCGACUGUUUUAGUCGCGAACGAUUUUUGCAAAUUUUCUGGGCACUUCAUGUUUCUAAUCCGACGAGUGCUACAUAUGUCAACAGUCAGGUUCAGUCACGUCUAAGUAAAGUGUCAAAUGUACUGAACUACUUGUCUGGCAUGUUUCUCGAAAUUUAUCGACCAUAUCAGUAUUUAGCUGCUGAUGAAUCUACAGUAACAUUCAAGGGUCGUGUAUUAUUCAAAAUGUACAAUCCUCAAAAACCAACAAAAUGGGGACUCAGAGUUUAUGUAAUUUUGGAUUCAUCAAAUGGUUAUAUCUGCAAUUUGAUACCCUAUUUUGGCGCUGUAACAACUAAGUCAUUGAUUUGUGCACACUUGAAUUUUUCUGAGAGAAUAGUUCUUCAGCUGCUAGCUAAUAUCAGAAAUGCUACAGGGCAAUCAGGGUAUCAUUUAUACACUGGCCGUUUUUACACAAGUGUUGCAUCAGCUGAUGAGCUGUUGAAACAGAACAUGCAUCUCACAGGAACGAUUCAGGCCAGUCGCAAAAACCUUCCAGCUGCAAUCAAGAAAGGAGCUCUGCAUCGAAGGAAGUACGAAAUAAAAUGCCUCCACAACAAAAAAUUGAUGGUUCUGGCAUGGCAAGAUAAACGAACAGUUCUCAUGCUUUCUACAAAAGCAAAUAAAUGA